AUGUCCGUGCGCUCCGGGUCAGGACGGGUGGCCUUCUCUGCCAGUCGACAAACCAACCACGAGCCUACAGACAUGAGCAACCGCACCAUGAUCAUCUACUUUGACAAUAUUUUGGUGAAUGUCGGGAAUCACUUUGAACAAGAGAGCAGCAUCUUCCUGGCGCCAAGAAGAGGUGUCUACAGCUUCAGUUUCCAUGUUGUGAAGGCUUAUAAUAGACAAACUAUACAGGUGAGUUUGAUGCUGAAUGGUUGGGCCAUGAUUUCCGCUUUCGCCGGCGAUCAGGAUGUCAUCAGAGAAGCUGCAACAAAUGCUGGCCUCGUCAUCAUGGAGAAGGGGGAUAAGGCCUACCUCAGACUGGAGCAAGGCAACCUGAUGGGCGGAUGGAAAUACUCUACUUUCUCUGGCUUCUUGGUGUUUCCAUUGCAAACUAGUGUGAGGCAGCUGAGGAGCGGAUACUACACGCUGGGCUACGGACAGAUGGAGCUGCAGGACUGCCGCCGCGACCAAAGUUGUUGUGAGACGGAGAAAGCCAUGUGUGUCGAUGCAAAGAUUCUUUAA